UUCAUUUUUAUAUACACAUGUAUGUACAUUGCAUAUUUCCAAAAAUAAGAAUUUUAUCACCGUAAAAAAUACACGGCGCCACUAAAUGGCUUGGAAACAAUGAAUUGACAAAUUGAAAUGAAACUUCACAUAAUUAUUACCAAACGAAGCAUUGAUUUGACUGCUGCAUAUUCGUCAAAUAUGGAGGAACGAUUGCCAAAAGACGUGUUGCCACAGGAGUAUUUAAUUAAUUUCUAUAUAAACUAUGAGGAGAAGCGUUUUAAUGGUAACAUGACUAUGAAGUUAAAAUGGGAAAAUGAUACAAAAAGGAUUGCCUUCCAUUCACAUCGCGAUCUUCACAUCCGUGAUCGGUCUAUUGAUUUACGAAAAUGUUAUACUGAUGACAGGAAAAAUAUAUUGGAAGAUAUUUCAGUUGCACGUAUUAGCAAGUUCUACAAGAAAUCUAUUUAUACACUUCAUUUAAAUAGCUUCAUAAGACGAGGAUCACAUUGUGAGCUGUAUAUGGAGUUUGAAAGUCAUAUUUGGACGAAAGCAGAAGGAUUAUUUUAUGGCAGCUACAAUGGUGAUAACAAAAACGAACAGAUUCAUUCCAUCGCCACUAAUUUGUAUCCGACUAAUGCGAGAAGAUUAUUUCCUUGUUUCAAUGAACCAGAAUUUAAGGCAAAUUAUAAAAUUAAUAUUCAUAUUUACAUUAGAAUUAGUGCAAAUAUUUUAAUUUACCUUUUCGUGCUGCAAAUCCAAAAAAUAACGAUGCCCAUCGUCUAAAAAACUGUAUUCUUUAAAAUAACUAAAAGUUCAACAACUCCCUAACCACAAACGUUACAAGAGUACUUUGGUGUACUUGGUGCUUGAAGAAUGGCAUGACUCCACAUCUUACAAAUUUUUAUACUCUUCCAAUAUGUUGUUAUAGAUAUAAUAAUUUUUCAACUAAUAGUUGGUUUUAACACC